AUGCCCAAAGUCAGCGAGCUGGACAUAUAUAAGGAAGUACUAUCAGGAGAAAAGCGAAAAUCGAUUAGAAGGUCGGAUUUUCUCAAGUUUACGGGCGGGAAACGGCCUCUGAUAUCAUCGCAUCUGCACGCCAAUUUAAUAGCCUCUGGCCUCAUUGUUUGGGCCGUCGUCGCCUUCUUCCUCACCUUUAAGGUGAUGAAGCCUGAGAGUUACGAAUGGGUUGAGAACGAGCGCAGACGCAUCGAGGCUGCCAAGCAGAAGAUAGCGCUGAUAAAGAAGGACCAGGAGAACAAGGCCCUGGCUCAGUGA